ACACAUACACAUAUAUAUAUGUGAGAUGAUGACGUGUUUAUCUGAAAAACAUUUCUUGGAGGCGUAGUACUCAAAAGGCUUUGAUUUCACAUUUGAAGGAUAGAUGUAAGGUAAUCUAUGCCACGUGAAGUUAGACGGACAUCUUUCUCACUGCCAUUCAGUCAACCUUUACAGGAAACAACCCUUCUUGUAUUUUAUUAGGAAAUGACUAGUUACGUGACUAGCUCUAGUUGCUCUGGGUCUUUCAACACGUUUAGGUUGUUUUGAAGCCAAACUUGCCUGCAACAAUUUUUUCCAUCAGAAUUUUCAUCCCGAAGUUCGGUGUAACAGAAAAAAAAAAAAUUAAGUCUGUAACUCAAACAGACCAGAACAGCUAUCAAUCACCAUGACAAGUUCCAUGAAGCCCGUUCUUACAAGUGACGUCAGAGUGUCCUUGGGUUACAAAGUUAAAUUGGUAAUGGAAACACAUGGUGUUCAUUUUCCCUUUAACCCAUACAAACAACAUAAAAUGAUGAAUAAGCUCCGGAUAUUCAACAGGCCCAUCCUGACACGUGCAGAAGUAGACAUGUCGUUUCAUUUGCUAAACAGGGCAGGUCUUCGCUUUGUACAAGGAGGAAAGAAAGGCUUAACUUCCAUCCGAGAAAAUAUUUCAAGAGAUUUGCUAUCAAACCCUGUUCGGAACGCAUAUUCAUAUCGAAGAGAACUUCAAGAUGCCAAACGAAUUGUUAUUAAGGUUGGAUCGGCUGUAAUUGCUAGAAAUGAUAAAACUGGAUUAGCCCUUGGAAGACUUGCAUCAAUAAUCGAACAGGUCACCCAACUUCAAAAUCAAGGGAAAGAAGUGCUUAUUGUUACGAGUGGAGCAGUUGCUUUAGGUAAGAAGAAACUACGGGCUGAGGCACGGAUGUCCAUGUCAAUGAGGGAGACACUAUCUCCAAAGGAACAUCUCAGCUUGGACCUAGAUUCUCGAACUGCAGCUGCUGUAGGACAGAGUAGACUGAUGGCAUUAUAUGACGCCAUGUUUUCUCAGUACGGAGCCAACGUUGCUCAGGUACUAGUGACAGAACCAGAUUUUUACAACACAGAGUUCCGGUUUAACAUGAAGUGUACAGUUUUAGAGCUUUUAGGACUAAAUAUCAUUCCAAUCAUCAACGCCAACGAUACUAUAGCUCCUCUUGACAUCAACAAAGAACUGACAGAAGCUCAAGUGGCACGUGAUCUAAAGCUGAAACCCGGAGAUAGUAUUAUCACUGUGAAAGAUAACGACAGUCUUGCUGCACACGUAGCUGUGGAGUGUGGUGCUGAUGUUCUAAUCAUGAUGUCCAGUGUUGACGGUAUCUUUAACCUUCCUCCAGAAGAAGAUGAUGCUCGCCUUCUUCACACUUAUUGUCCUGGAGCUGUUGGAGACAUUGUCUACGGUGAAAAGUCUGAAUUGGGUUUAGGUGGAAUGAAUGCCAAAGUAAAAGCCGCCAGUUGGGCUUUAGACAGAGGUGUAUCUGUGAUUAUAUGUAACGGAAUGCAAGAAAACGCCAUUUUAAAGAUCAUCCAGGGAAAACGUGUUGGAACAUUUUUCACGAAUCACAAAAGCAGGUCAACUCCAGUAGAUGUGAUGGCAGUAAACGCAAGAAAAGGAAGUCGUAUACUACAGUCUUUGACCCCAGAACAACGUUCAGAUGCCAUCAAUAGGAUAGCCGAGCUGUUGCAGUCAAGAAAAGAAGAAAUCCUUCAGGCAAACAGCCGAGACAUAACAAGGGCAGAACAAGAAAAUCUUGAUUCGCAUCUAGUCGCCAGGUUAGCAUUGAAUUCUACUAAACUUAACAGCAUGUCUGACGGUUUGAGGCAAAUCGCACAAAGUUCUAAGAAGUUCCUUGGAAAAGUCCUUACAAGAACUCUUAUUGCACAAGGUAUCGAACUGAAACAAAUAUCAGUUCCUAUUGGAGUUUUGUUGGUGAUUUUCGACUCAUACCCUAAUUCCUUGCCUCAGAUGACAGCACUUGCCAUUAGCACCGGCAAUGGUCUUCUGCUUAAAGGUGGUAUAGAAGCAGCGGAAAGCAACAAAUGUUUAGUACAAAUCAUUAGGGAAGCUUUAUCACCAUACAACGCCAUGGACGCUGUGUCUCUUGUUAACGAAAGGGAAGAUGUAGCUGAGUUGUUACAGUUGGAAGAGUAUAUUGAUCUGGUCAUCCCACGUGGAUCUAGUCAGUUAGUUCAUUCCAUCCACCAACAAAAUUGUCGCAUUCCCGUAUUGAGCCAUGCAGAUGGUGUAUGCCACGUUUACGUGGAUAAGGAAGCAGAUUUUACUCAAGCUGUAAAAAUUAUUCGAGAUUCUAAAUGUGACUAUCCCGCUGCAAGUAACUCCAUGGAAACAUUACUAUUUCAUAAGGAUUUAGUGACUCAGAAGUUCUUUGAAGAAGUUUGCCAAACCUUAAAAAAUGAAGGGGUAAAAAUUUACUCUGGCCCACGACUUUUCAAUCUAUUAACUUUUGGUCCUCCCCUUGCCAAGUCAAUGAAAAUUGAGCAUGGAGGACUGGCUUGUACCAUAGAGGUAGUGGACAGUGUCCAGGAUGCAAUUGAACAUAUAAACAUUUAUGGAAGUGGACACACUGAUGUUAUUAUUACUGAAGACAAGGAAGCAGCACAACAUUUCAUUCAGCAAGUAGAGAGUGUGUGGACGUUUAAAAACUGCAGCACUCGCUUUUCUGACGGAUAUGGUUUCGGUUUGGGGUCAGAUAUCGGGAUAAGUUCGGCCCAGAUACAUGCUAGAGGAUCUGUGGGCCUUGAGGGACUCCUAACGACCAAAUGGAUACUAGAAGGUAGUGGAAAUACUGUUAGUGACUUCACGGAAAGUGGGUCAAUGAUGUAUCAUCGCUAUCCCUUGACAACUGAGACCGAAAAUAUUAACGUAAUGAGUGAUACUCCCAACGAUUCCGAUUCCGAUCAGCCAAUAAAAUAGAAAAUGGUUCAUGUUUCAAUGCAUAGCAACCACCCAUUAAAAGUAAAUGGACUACUCAAAUAAUGGUUGUUGAUUAUUCAUAAGUUUGUGAGGAAUGCGUCUU